AUCGCACAUAAUUUACCAUCUCCGUCAAACAAUAUAAUUUUACCCUUUCCGUUUCAGUGUGUUUCAACUGAAAUAUAAAUUAAACAUUCAAUACAAAAUAGCAAGGCACUUUUAGAGACAAUACGUAAAUCCACUCAAUAUAUUUUAGCUACUGUAAUAAGUUACAUAUAAAUAAAUAAUAAUAAUAAAAAAAAAAAAAAUUUCAUUUGUUAGCUCAUUAAAUAGUAGUAACGAAGAAUCGAUGAUCGAAAGUGAUAACGAUUAUAAUAAUAAGAGUAUGAAUAACGAGGUUAAAUCGGUGAAAAAACAAAAUACACGUAGUAAAAUUAAAAAACAAGUAAAAUCAAAUAAGAACAAAACAAUGGCUAGAAAAAAUAUUUCAUAUUUGGAUAAUAUUGAAAGUUUGCUAAAAAAUGAAAAAAUUGAAACUGAUAUCAUAAAUACUAUUACGGUAAAACAAGGUGAUAAUUUGAUAAAUGUUAAAUCUCCAACUGACGAAAAAAGUUCCGAGUACUGGACCAUCAGCCACUAUAAACUAGAAAAUAUUAAGAAUGUCGAUAUCAAGAACAGAUGGAAAAAAGCUGAAUGUAGCCUUAAAGUAACAAUAACCGAUCAGGCAAAAGAUCAAGAACUUAAGAAUAAUUUAACAGAAGUUGUACAAACAAUAUUCACACGCUUUAUGUCUGAUCCAAAGAGGAAGAUAGUAAGAUCUAAAUUAUCAAAGGCAUAAUAAUGUAUUUAUUAAUGAAAGUAGAAAAAAAUUUGAAUAUAUAAU